UGCUUAGUUCAAGUCUCCUAUCCACUGCCUUAAUGAAUACAGAAUUCUCAUAUUUAGUUUUAUAAUUUAAAUAUGCUUCGAUGUUUCCCAAGUCACUCACUCAACUUUCUUCACUUCUUGCAGUUGGACUUGUGACACAAAGUGCUAUCAAUAUUUUAAUCCCUAAUGUUAAUCCCUAAUUUCUCAACCUAAUAUUAAUUUUUACAUAAUUUUAUGUGUAUUUGAAUGAGGUGUGCUAUUAAAUGUAUGGAAUUUGAAUAUCUUAUUUGAGAUGAGCAGUGCCAGAAAGGACAGUCUUGGUAUCAAAGUCUCUAGUUAACCACCUUAUCACAUGUGGGACCUUGGUUAAGUGACCACCAUGACAUCAACUGUUUCAAUUAUCAUCAACUAUCUUGCAGUCAGUAUCAAGUACAGUAAUAUGACAUUAUAGAAAUAUAAUUGCUAUUAGUUUCAGUGCCACUAAUAUUAGGAAUAAACUCAAUAAUGAGCAAGUGCGUAUCACUCCUGAUACUCAUAUAGAGAGCAGAUUGCUUCAUGUGUGCACUUGUAAUGUAAAUCAUGUAAAUGAGGACUCUUAUUAGAGAUAGCUAACUCCGUUUAGUGUAUUAUACUUGCUUAGUUUUUGUUUAACUUAUGUGGCACAAGAAACUCCCUCAGUAGGGUCAUGUAGGUUUCAUAAGGGGGAAAAAACGACAUAGAUCAAAACCAGUAACAAAACCUUUUCUAAGAAUUUAAAACUGAAAACGAACGCAUGGUGGCGCUGUUGACUAAAAAUGCGAAUUAAGACACUUAUACUCCGUACUCAGAUUGACAGAGGGAUCCGGUGAGAUAAGACAAGCGCUUGUGAACCUGGGCAGAUUUUUAAGCAGGAAAGUCUGAAUCUCUGGAAAACAUUACUUGUUAGGCUAUCGCCAAAAGACUGCGCUUUUCACAGAGAAAUACAAGGCUCCUUUUGGUGACAAGCCCCUGGAAAAACACCGCAGAAAUACAAUGGAGGCCAGAGAAGAGGGCUUCCUUAAACAAAGGCAAGUCUUGCUUCUCUUUGUUUUUCUGGGUGGGUCUCUGGCUGGGUCUGGAUCUAGGCGCUAUUCUGUGGCCGAGGAAAAAGAGAAGGGCUUCUUAAUAGCCAAUCUAGCGAAGGAUCUGGGGCUCAGGGUAGAAGAACUGGCUGAAAGGAGAGCUCAGGCUAUCUCCAAAGGGAACAUGCAGUAUUUUCAGCUCAGCCACCAGACCGGAGAUUUGCUCCUGGUUGAGAAAUUGGACCGGGAGGAGCUGUGCGGUUCCACAGAACCUUGUGUGCUGCACUUUCAGAUAUUGUUGCAUAAUCCUUUGCAGUUCAUUACAAAUGAGCUCGAGGUCAUAGAUAUAAAUGAUAACGCUCCGGAGUUCUUUGAAAAUGCAAUGCAGCUUAAAGUCCUGGAAAGCUCCCCACCUGGGACAGUAGUUCCUUUGGGAAAUGCUGUGGACCUGGACGUGGGAAGAAACGGACUCCAGAACUACACGGUCUCUCCCCAGUCCCAUUUCCACGUUCGCACCCGCCGUCGUAGGGAUGGAAGAAAGUAUCCAGAACUAGUGCUAGACAGAGCUCUGGAUCGGGAGGAGCAGCCAGAGCUCAGUUUAACUCUCACAGCCCUGGAUGGAGGAUCCCCACCUCGGUCUGGCACUGCCCAGGUCCACAUCCUGAUCUUAGACAUAAACGAUAAUGCCCCAGAAUUUACACAGUCACUCUAUGAGGUUCAAGUUCUAGAGAAGAGCCCUGUUGGCUCUGUCAUUGUCACGGUCUCAGCUUCUGACUUAGAUGCGGGGAAUUUUGGUGCAAUAUCCUAUGUGUUUUUCCAUGCUUCUGAAGAAAUUCUCAAAACUUUUCAACUAAAUCCCACUACUGGUGAUAUACAGUUAGUUAAGGCGUUGGAUUACGAAACAAUUAAUACUUACGAAGUUGACAUAGAGGCCAAAGAUGGUGGUGGCCUUUCGGGAAAAUGCACAGUCAUAGUCCAGGUAGUUGAUGUGAAUGAUAACCCACCAGAACUGACUUUGUCAUCAGUUAACAGUCCUAUCCCUGAGAAUUCGGAAGAGACUGUGGUGGCUGUUUUCAGUGUUGCUGAUUUAGACUCUGGAGAUAAUGGUAAAGCGACCUGUUCCAUCCAGAAUGAUCUCCCAUUCAUCCUGAAACCAUCUGUAGAGAACUUCUACACUAUAGUAUCUGAGGGAGCUCUGGACAGAGAGAGCAGAGCUGAAUACAACAUCACCAUCACAGUCACCGACAUGGGCACACCCAGGCUCACAACACAGCACACCAUAACAGUUCAGGUGUCUGACGUCAAUGACAACUCUCCCGCCUUCACACAAACCUCCUACACCCUGUUUGUCCAGGAGAACAACAGCCCCGCCCUGCACAUAGGCACCAUCAGCGCCACAGACUCAGACUCAGGCUCCAAUGCCCACAUCACCUACUCUCUGCUGCCCACCCACGACCCGCAGCUGGCCCUCUCCUCAAUCAUCUCCAUCAACGCAGAAAACGGGCAGCUGUUCGCGCUCAGGGCGCUGGACUACGAGGCCCUGAAGACCUUCGAGUUCCACGUGGGCGCCACAGACCAAGGCUCUCCUGCGCUCAGCAGCCAGGCUCUGGUGCGAGUGCUGGUGCUGGACGCCAACGACAAUGCGCCCUUCGUGCUCUACCCGCUGCAGAACGCCUCUGCACCCUACACAGAGCUGCUGCCCAGGGCGGCAGAGCCAGGCUACCUGGUCACCAAGGUGGUGGCAGUGGACCGAGACUCUGGCCAGAAUGCCUGGCUGUCCUUCCAGCUGCUCAAGGCCACGGAGCCGGGGCUGUUCAGCGUGUGGGCUCACAACGGCGAGGUGCGCACCUCCAGGCUGCUGAGUGAGCGCGAUGCUCCCAAGCACAGGCUGCUGCUGCUGGUCAAGGACAAUGGAGAUCCUCCAAGGUCUGCCAGUGUCACUCUGCAUGUGCUGCUGGUGGAUGGCUUCUCUCAGCCCUACCUGCCUCUGCCAGAGGUGGCGCGCGACCCCGCCCAGGAUGAGGACGUGCUCACACUGUACCUGGUCAUUGCCUUGGCUUCUGUGUCUUCUCUCUUCUUCUUGUCUGUGCUGCUGUUCGUGGGGGUGAGGCUGUGCAGGAGGGCCAGGGCGGCCUCUCUGGGUGGCUGCUCUGUGCCUGAGGGACACUUUCCUGACCACCUGGUGGAUAUCAGCGGGGCAGGGACCCUGUCCCAGAGCUACCAGUAUGAGGUGUGUCUGACUGGAGACUCUGGGAACACAGAUUUCAAAUUCUUUAACCCCAUUAUUCCCAAUAGUGUGCUUCAGGACCUCUAGGUCAAUUUCAGAGUCCAGGAGACCCAUGUUUCGAUAACCAAAUCAGAAUUAGUUGCUUGGCUAUUAAUAUAUUUGUUUUGCAUUUAAUAAUCUCUCCUUGGAAGAGUGUAUUUUAUGGUGAUUUUAUUCGCUGUUUUUUAUUGAUGUGGUUUUUCUCUUUUGGAUCUGUGCUUCCUUUUUAUCAAUACAAUCUUAAUACAUCUCUUUCUUUCACUAAUUUGUAUAAUAUACAACCUUUUUGUGUUUCUCUGGUCAUUUUAAGUGUGUUCUUGGGAACUCAUUUCUUCCUCUUCAUUAUAACCAGGGUGGCUUUCUUCAACACCCACCUCAGAUCGUAUCUUCUUGAGGCUAUGCACAGAACCUGCUCUGUUGUAUUCACUUGGAUUUUCACUUUCACUGCAGCUUGUUAACUGUAAAAUGUACAGCGUUCAUUGUGAGAUUUUCGGAGAUGCACAUACCAGGCCUGGAUAGCACUCACCUCUUUACCACAUUCUUUAGUCCUGUUGUCUUCCUCCCCUCCACACUCUUCAAUGCCCCAUUUUACUUUCAUGUACUUCUUGUCUUUUAGAGGGUAACUAUUUAGCUUAAAUGAUCUGCAGUUCCAAUUCCCUCAAAAUGACAAUUUCAUUCUUCUUGAUGCCUGAAUAAAGUAAUUCCAUCAUGCAUGUAUGUGUUUUCCUCACCCCCACUUCUGUUAUCACGAUAACACACCUUUGUGUACAGCUAAUGAAGUGCGAGCAUAAGAUUCAGUCAUCUGUCAUAGUUUUAUGUGGUUUGUUCACAAAUGGAAGUAGUGUGUUGUUUUAUUUAUCAUCUUUACUGACAACAACAUUUAGUAUUUCAAGACUUUAUUUGCUUUUAUACAGGCCAAAAUUUCUUCUAAAAUGUACCAGAAAUAACUUUGCUUGACCUAAGCCAUUGCAAGUGAUGGAGUGUGCUUUCACCUUGUAUGAGAAGACACUGAGUGAGGCAUGUGUUUGGAUGAUGAGUUGAUGUGUAAAUGCUGGAAAUAAAUGAGGGCCCAUUAAACUUUCAACAAAAUAUGCAGAUGAA